GCUAUUUCUUCCCCUUUACUCCAAACGCCAAACGCAAAACCCAUACCAACCCAUACCAAUCCACACCAACGCAUACACCAUACACGCUUAUCGUUGCAGCACGUCUGAUCGACAUCCUUCCACAGCAACGAAGCUCAGCUCACGAGCCCAUAAACCCGUAAACCCAUAAACCCACAAACGCGCGCGACUGCGAGGUUGGGUCCCGGGUGUCCCAAGGUUAUGAUUUCGCUCCGUACAAGUCCGACCGCAUAUCGUCUUUUGUUUUAUUCGACCAGUAUUCCCUUUCCCACUCACCUCUGGGCUUCGUGAUGAGAUGUCGGAUAGCUUGUUUGGGCUCUAAUCAAACAUGGCCGACUCAGACACCGUUUCCUCGAUAGAGAGCGAGGAGCAAUUAUGGGAUGAAUUGAAUAAAGUCGUCGCUACUCAAUGCCCCGCAGAAGCCCACGAGACCAUCGAUGACGCCUUGCGAUCGUGGCUCUACCUCGCGUCGCGAUGCAGAGACGAAUUCUCUCAAUCGGAAGAUGAUGUAGCGUCAUGUUCGCAAAGUCUCCUAGAUGGAAACCUCUUCCGCACCGACCCCGAAUACGUGCGCAAGCAGAUUAUCUACAGUUUGUUGCAGGAAGAUGAGCCUGGACCUCUGUACGUCAUCGCAAGCUUCCUAUUGCUCGACGGCCGUGGAGAUGAAGCCACGUUCAAACGAAUGAUUGAGGAGGGAUGUUUCCACCGGUUGGUGGAGUUGAUCAAUGGCCGAAAAGAUGAUGACCCGGGUCUGCACCGAUUGCUACUGGAGUUGAUGUACGAAAUGUCGCGUAUUGAGCAGCUCCGCAUUGAGGACCUCCUGCACGUCGACGAUGGGUUCGUGACAUAUCUAUUUCAGCUUAUUGAGGGUUUAUCCGACGAUGUCCACGAUCCAUACCACUAUCCAAUCAUCCGUGUUCUUCUCGUCCUUAAUGAGCAGUACAUGGUUGCAUCGACGACGGCCGUGAGCGAACCUACCUCACCAACUGCGCCAUUGACAAACAGGGUCGUCAAGUGCCUCAGCAUAUACGGUCCGAUUUAUAGGACGUUCGGCGAGAAUAUUAUACUGCUUCUCAAUCGUGAGACCGAGACGUCUUUGCAGCUUCUCAUCUUGAAACUCUUGUACUUGCUUUUCACCACAAAAGCUACGUAUGAAUAUUUCUACACCAAUGACCUGCGAGUGCUGCUCGAUGUCAUCAUCCGGAACCUUCUCGACUUGCCGAAUGAGUUGAUGGCUUUGCGGCAUACCUACCUUCGCGUCUUAUAUCCUUUACUUGCGCACACCCAGCUUAACCAACCCCCUCACUACAAAAAGGACGAGGUGCAGAAGCUGCUGAGGAUACUAACCAAUGCGGGCAAUGCCCAUUUUGCGCCAGUGGAUGAGACUACGAUGAGGCUUGUCGAUCGCGUGGCUAAAGUCAAGUGGCUCUGUGAAGAUUGCGAUAGCUUGGGGGCUAGCGAUGUCGCGCGCAAGUUGCUCGGUAUCAGCCUCUCGCAUAACGAAUCCGCUAGUAACGUUAGUGUUGUGCACGUGGCGGCAGUGAUGGAGAAGCCAGGCGUCCAGACGCCGAGUCGGAAGGCUGACGCCAAAGCCGAGAACGGGGCUGUGCCAAAAGCUGAUGCUAAAAGUGAUAUAUCGCGUUCCAACUCUAGCGGGCAUUCCAAAGAUGCCUCGAAGCCAAGCAGACCAAAGAAACCGCUACCCGAGGUACCGAAGCACCGGCACGGAAUACCGUAUACCUCUGUGGAAAACGGGAACGGUAAUAGAGGUACUAAGAAGUUACCACCGAAGGCGCCGCCGCCGAGACGCAAGGGCAGGAUGAAGCAUUCGACCGAAACGGUAAAAUCGAUAUCGGAGCUGGUUUAAAUAUUUGGCAGCCCUUCUCCGUCGGGAGAGAAGAGCGAGGAACGUAAUUCGACUAAUUAGGAAUAGCGGCAGUGUUGAGAUUGGACUCUUUUCUGCCGCGACCAGCAGAAUGGCAUGAUGAACCUUGGUAACUUGAUACGGGAAACAGGAAACGGCGUACCGGACGGAACAGCUGAUGCUGAUGCUGAUAAUAUCCACGGAUCACAAUCAGGAUGCGACACUAGCAUUUGCAUAAGCAAGGCGUUUACGGGGGUUAAUCGUUGGGAGAGGGGGUGGUGUGCGGGUUUCCUUUUCGGAAGCGCGCGUGUGAGCGAGUAGGGCGAGAGAAUUAGUGAGUAACUUAAGAAGUGUGUAGUGUUUUGUGUCGUUGUAUUAUCAAGGCUAUUGUUAGGAUUACGAAGAUAUUAAUAUACGUAAUAGAGUCUUGUUAUUUCAA